UUGUAGUGACCUGGAGAUUCCCCUGUUUGGCUGCCGCAUGCUGCGUAAAAUAUUACAAAAUCACAAAAUUAUAUUUUCUCGAUGUACAUAGCAAAAUAGCCGCUCGCCUGUUUGAACGUUGCUCGCGUUUGUUUGAGUCAACAUAGCAUCCGCCUUCGAACGGCGCGACGCUCCUCGGCUCCGCGGCCAUCUUUGCUCUCCGCGCACGCGACCACACCUUUCCCUAGCUAGCUAUCUUUCGGUGCCUUAUUUUUAGCACUAGAUAGCCUUUCGCCCACUUAAUAAAUUUUUCCUAGCGUUACUUUUGGUGUUCUCCACUCAUCGGAGGUUGGCCUUAUUUUCGCGUAUUGGUUUUAAAGCGUACCGAUCCCGCUUCGCGCUUUAUUGGUGACCCCGAAUUUUGGUCAUUAUCCGGUGAGUUUUCGCUAACCUUUCUUUUCAGAUUUGGCCACAUUUUUUCGCUAACCCGUCUGAUUUUCACUUUUCAUUUUCCGAUUUAAUCUUGCUGGCUCGCUAUUUUGCUCGCUAUGGAAACUGAUCGUGUAGAUUCUGACGUUCAGAUCGGCACAGUUACGCUUCCUAUCGCACCUUUUCGCGAGACUAAUCCUAAGUCUUGGUUUGGUCAGCUAGAGUCGCAAUUUUCUUUGCGUGGUAUUAGGUCCGAAAAGACCAAGUUCCACCUUGUCGUUUCCGCGCUUCCGCUAAAUGUCAUCGAUGACAUUGAUGACAUUCUAGAUCUUCCUGACGACCAAAAGACUUACGAUGCAGUCAAGACAGCUGUUCUGAGAAGAACAGGCUUAUCCGAUCGACAACGAGUUACGAAACUCCUCAACGAAACCGAUCUUGGCGAUCUUAAGCCGUCUCAGCUGCUUCGAAAAAUGCAGAGCCUAGCUAAACCCACUUCGAUAGAUGAUUCUUUUCUUCGGGAAAUGUGGUUGCAACGACUUCCGCGCGAGAUGCUACACAUCCUCUGCGCUAGUGAGGAUGCACCUUUACCCAAACUGGCCGAUACAGCCGACCGAAUUUGGGAGUCGUACGGCCAGGUUUCGCAGGUCCACACGAAACCGGACAACGAUAUCGCUACGCUUAAAUCCCAGAUGGCAACGUUGACUCGACAAUUCGCAGACUUUUCGGCCUCCAGACAUAACCGCUGUAAAUGCUCUAGGAGCCGUUCGCGUUCACGUUCGAAGUCUCCUUCGCGAUCACCGAAUAGAAACGGUUACUGCUGGUACCACGAACGCUUCGGCCAGCAAGCUAAAUCAUGUCGCCCGCCCUGUUCCUUCAAACGACAGCAGCAGGGAAACGGGCGGACCAGCACGUAGGGGCGACGGACGUAGCUGGUCAACGCAGUCGCCUUUUCUUCGUCACCGAUCGUAGAACCGGAGUUCGCUAUCUCGUCGAUACUGGUGCAGAAGUCAGCGUUCUCCCGCGUGAUCCAAAUGACCCGACCGAAAAGGUGACUAGCUCAUUGCGCGCAGCUAACGGAACCAUUAUCCGCGUAUAUGGUCAACGCUCGCGCACGCUAAAUCUCAGCCUCCGACGCGCUUUCAAAUGGAUAUUCCUCGUUGCGGAUGUUCAAACGCCUAUCCUUGGUCUCGACUUCUUACGUCAUUACGACCUACUCGUCGACGUUAAGCGACACCGUCUAGUCGACCGUCUUACGAAUCUCGCAGUCAUUGGGACUUUGACCGACACCGCGUCAAUCAGUCCCGUGUACGCGACUCAACUUACUUCACCCGUCGGGCAAACGCUGCUCGAUAGUUUUCCGCAGGCCUUCCGUCCUGCCGUCCCGUUGCCUUCCGUAACCGACGCCGCGACACAUCACAUCGUUACGAAAGGUCCGCCUGUGUUCGCAAAAGCCAGGCGCAUGACCCCCGACAAGCUCAAAAUUGCACGCUCCGAAUUCGAGCACAUGCUAGACCUAGGCAUUAUUCGCCCGUCUAAGAGCCCGUGGGCAUCGCCUCUACACAUGGUGCCUAAAAAGUCAGGAGACUGGCGUCCAUGUGGCGACUAUCGCGCUCUUAAUAACGCUACCGUCCCCGACCGCUAUCCCAUUCCGCACAUUCAGGACAUCACGGCUAGCCUACGUGGCGCCCGUGUGUUCUCGAAGAUCGAUCUGGUUCGCGCUUACCACCAGAUCCCUGUAGCCGAGGAUGACAUUCCGAAAACCGCAGUCAUCACGCCUUUCGGACUUUUUGAAUUCUUGCGAAUGCCCUUCGGUCUUCGUAACGCAGCUCAAACUUUUCAACGCUUCAUAGACUCUGUCACCAGAGGUCUCGACUUUGUUUAUCCUUAUAUAGACGACAUCUUAGUAGCUAGUUCUUCCGAAGAACAGCACGCGAAGCACCUCAAGAUGCUUUUCGAGAGGUUAGCUUCUAAUAGCAUUACUGUCAACGCUGACAAAUGCAUCUUUCAGCAACCAUCUAUCGAAUUUCUUGGUCAUCGAAUUGACCAGCAUGGCAUACGGCCGCUCGAAGACCGAGUCAGCGCUAUUAAGGACUUUCCCGUUCCGACUACUUUGGCCGCCAUCCGCCGUUUUAGUGGGAUGAUUAACUACUACCGUCGAUUUCUGCCACGUUGUGCCGACUUGCUCAGUCCAUUGACCGACUUACUUCGUGGACGCAAGAACGGCAAUGUCGAAUUGACGCCCGCUGCAACCGAAGCCUUCAAGGCCUGCAAAGAGGCCUUGGCCGAAGCCGUUAUGCUUCACCAUUUCGACCCGAAGGCUCCACUCAGCGUUGCAGUCGAUGCAUCGGACACCGCCAUUGGCGCCGUCCUGCAGCAAUUCACUGAGGGAUGCUGGAAGCCACUCGCUUUCUACUCCCGACGCUUACAACCGGCAGAAGCCAAGUACAGCACGUUCAGCCGCGAACUGCUGGCAGUUUAUUCUACCGUCCGACAUUUCAGGCACGUCUUAGAAGGUAAUUCGUUCGUUAUCUUCACCGAUCAUAAGCCGCUUAUUUACGCCUUUCGAAAUCAAUCAGCUCGACACUCACCACGUGAGGUUCGUCAGCUGGAUUUCGUGGCUCAAUUUUCUACUGACCUCCGACACAUUUCUGGUCAGAAUAACGUCGUUGCUGACGCCCUUUCGCGCGUCUCCGCAAUCCACACCGCUGGCCAGGCAAUCGACUUAUCUGCCAUGGCUACCGCGCAACUAAACGACACUGACUGUCAGAACGUCAAACAAGAUUCUUCGCUACGAAUCACACCGCAUCCACUGCCGUCAUCUGAUGGCACAAUCUUGUGCGAUACUUCUACUGGACGACCUCGACCCGUCGUUCCAGAAACCUUUCGACGUCUAGUUUUCGACACACUUCAUAACAUCGCUCAUCCAGGCAUCCGAGCCACGAUCAAGCUCAUAUCCGAGAGAUACGUUUGGCCCGGAAUGCAACGCGAUCUUAAGCGCUGGGCACGCGGUUGUCUAACGUGUCAGCAGGCCAAGAUACAGCGGCACGUGUCCGCUCCGCUUGGUCGUUUUCCGCAAGUCUCAGCUCGCUUUGCCCAUGUCCAUCUCGACAUAGUUGGACCCUUGGCACCAUCCAGAGGAAUGGUCUACAUUCUGACCAUGAUCGACCGAUACACCCGUUGGCCCGAGGCCGUACCUAUACCCGACGUAUCCGCGGACACCGUAACGCGCGCUUUUGUUGAGCGCUGGGUCGCUUCACAUGGCUGUCCAGCCACCGUGACUACCGACCGCGGUCCGCAGUUCGAAUCCUCGACUUUCAACGAUCUUCUCAAAGUCCUCGGAUGUCAACGCAUCCGGACUACCGCCUAUCACCCGCAAUCCAACGGCAUGGUGGAACGUUUCCACCGACAGCUGAAGGCCUCACUUAGUGCCGCUAAUGCACUAAGCUGGACCGAAGCACUGCCCAUGAUACUACUUGGUAUCCGAUCAGCUCUUAAAGCUGAUUUGCACACGUCCAGCGCCGAAUUGGUAUAUGGACAACCUCUUCGACUACCUGGGGACUUCUUUUCUGAAAACCCUAGAACACCUCGCUACGACGCGAAUUACGCUCGGCAGUUAGCCACGAGCAUGCGCCAUAUCAAAGCAACCGACGUGCGAGAACAACGACGUAAAUCGUUCGUUCCACAAGAUCUACUGCAUUGCGCUUACGUUUUCCUUCGAGUCGAUGGUCUACGCAGACCACUCGAACGACCCUACGAAGGUCCAUUUAAGGUUCUUAAACGUAAGGACCGCGUAUUCGUUAUCGACCGCCACGGUAAACGUGAAACUGUCUCUAUCGACCGUCUCAAGGUUGCCCAUGUGGAACCUGAGAUCGACGAUGACUCCUGUCCACCUUCGGACGAGUCAACGCAGCCUAUGAUAGACGACACGCCUACUUCCGAUGCUACGAAGCAUUCUCCGACUAACCCUUCCGACUCAGUUCCUUACGUUUCUAUCGAGCCGAAAGCGUCCUCAUCCGACAAAACUGCUGGAUCGACAACGCCUCCGACCGAACGUCCGAAAUCGACUAGGUCAGGUAGGCGGGUUCAUUGGCCAGCGCGAUUAAAAGAUUAGUCUUCUUUUCAUUCUUCUUUUCCCGCUUCCUUUUUGCUUGUGGCCUAACCCGCCCAACAAAAACGUUUUGAAAACCCAAAAAAUUUGCAAAGCGUUUUGAAAACCCCAAAAACCGCAAAGACGUUUUGAAAACCCAAAAAAGGAGAAAAUCGUUUUGAAAACACAAAAUGGUUCUCGCUUUAUUCGCUUAUCGCACUCGGUAAGUGCUAUCGCCUUUUGUUAGCUCUGUCGCUCGCACCUGUUUGACACUCCGCGUUUCCGCUUCUUUUUCAUAUCCCCGACACGCGGACGUUCAACGAUAAUCGAACGUUACGUUUGCGGACACUACGUGCUCAAACAUCGUGUGCUUUGACACUACGCACUCGAACGCUACGAACAUUUCCCCCAUUUUGUGUUUUUGGCACCUGUAGGGAGGACACGGGUGGGAGCCCCCCUAGCGUCCGAUCGCAUUGGUUCUCCCCCAGCAGCUGCAUCAGGUUUCACCGCCUGGUCUCGCAGAAGGCUGGCCGGCGACGGACAGUCCUCACGUAGAUCGAAGGGUCACCUACGGUUCCCUUCUAAGAGGGGGGCUGUGUAGUGACCUGGAGAUUCCCCUGUUUGGCUGCCGCAUGCUGCGUAAAAUAUUACAAAAUCACAAAAUUAUAUUUUCUCGAUGUACAUAGCAAAAUAGCCGCUCGCCUGUUUGAACGUUGCUCGCGUUUGUUUGAGUCAACAUAGCAUCCGCCUUCGAACGGCGCGACGCUCCUCGGCUCCGCGGCCAUCUUUGCUCUCCGCGCACGCGACCACACCUUUCCCUAGCUAGCUAUCUUUCGGUGCCUUAUUUUUAGCACUAGAUAGCCUUUCGCCCACUUAAUAAAUUUUUCCUAGCGUU